AUGGACAAAGCUCAAACUUUUAUUAAGGAAUGUUUAUUCACAAAGAAUUUCGAUAAUCCCAAUAAACCAAUCGAUGAGCAAAGACUUCAACAAACGUUAUUGUUGAUGCCUACUGAUGGUGGAUUAUCUACCCGUUUAAAAAGAAACAAAAGUUCAACAAAGUUAACAACCAAUACUCUCGAAGGUACUUCCAAUAACCGUAAACAUUCUAGUUAUAGAACUAUUAAUAGAAACUCGAAAGGUGCAUUACGAAAUUAUAUAAAUGAUUGUAAAAACGCAUCAAAAAGAGCUAAAGGUAUAGCAAGAGAAUUGAAGAUUAAGAAUCGUACAGAAUUGAAUGAAACAAUACAGGAAAAAUAUAAAGAUAUAUAUGAUAAACUACCUCGAUACGAAAGUUUCGUACCGAUGCAUGAAGAUUUCUGGGUAGAUUAUAUAAAGGAUAUCCUGGGUCUCAGUACGCCUGUUGAAUCAGGAUCACGUCCAGGUAUUAACGGAAAUUCAUCUUUAAUGAAAUUAUCAAUGGCUGAUUAUAAUGGAGCAUUAUUAAAGGUAGUAAAAAGUAAAAAUAAGAAUAUGAUUGGCAUUGAAGGUAUAGUUAUUUGGGAUAGCCAGAAAUCGUUCAUCAUGAUCACAAAAGGUGAAUUGAUUGAUGAUAUUAAAUGUAUACCAAAGAAAGGUGCAAUCUUUGCUUUUGAGAUACCUAUCAACGAUGAAGAAGCUUUGCAAUAUUCUAUAGUGGGUGAUAGAUUUAAAUAUAGAAGUGUGGAUAGGGCAAGUAGAAAAUUUAAGUCUCGUAGAUGUGACGAUAUGUUAUAUUAUUUGCAUGAUGAAACGUAA